AUGAAGUUCACUACCCUUUUGACCAUUGCCUUCGGGAUCUCGCAAGUCUCUUGCCUUCCUAUUGCCAACGCUGAUGUUGUCGCCAGAGACCAACAACCUGGUUUGAUUCAAGGUGUUGAUGACUUGGUUCAAGGUUUGGAAAACGAAAUUAACCAUUUGUUGUCUAUCAAGAACUCGAAGCGUGAUGACCAACCCGACUUAAUCCAAGGUGUCGACGACUUGGUCAAGGGCUUGGAAAACGAGAUCAACCACUUGUUGUCCAUCAGCUCCAAGCGCGAUGACCAGCCUGGAUUGAUUCCUGGCGUCGAUGCUUUGCUUCUUGGUUUGGAAAACGAGAUCAACCAUUUGUUGUCCAUCAAAACCUCGAAGCGUGACGACCAGCCUGGCUUAAUCCAAGGUGUCGACGCUUUGCUUGUCGGUUUGGAAAACGAGAUCAACCAUUUGUUGUCCAUCAAAACUUCUAAGCGUGACGACCUGCCUGACUUGAUUCAAGGCGUUGAUGACUUGGUCAAGGGUUUGGAAAACGAGGUGAACCACUUGUUGUCUAUCAGUUCGAAACGUGAUGAUCAACCUGAUUUGAUUCAAGGUGUUGAUGACCUAGUUAAAGGCUUGGAAAACGAAAUCAACCACUUAUUAUCCAUCAGCUCGAAGCGCGACGACCAACCUGACUUAAUCCAAGGCGUUGACGACUUGGUGAAAGGCUUAGAGAAUGAAGUGAACCACUUGUUGUCUAUCAGCUCGAAGCGUGACACCCAACCUGGUUUAAUUCCUGGUGUCCAAGAUAUCCUUGCUGGUUUGGAAAACGCUAUCAACCUGUUGUUGGGUGUCGCAACCAAGCGUGACGAUCAACCUGACUUGAUUCAAGGUGUCGACACCUUGGUCCAAGGCUUGGAAAAUGAGAUUAACCACUUAUUGUCUAUCAGCUCCAAGCGCGACGACCAACCCGGUUUGAUUGAAGGUGUGGACGACUUGGUCAAGGGUUUGGAAAAUGAAAUCAACCACUUGUUGAGCAUCAAGGCUUCGGCCUAA